AUGAAUAGAACUAUGUGUUAAAUUAUUAUAAUUAUCUUUACUAUAAUGAUAGAUGCGAAUCAAACAGAAAUAAUAAUCAAUGGGCCAUAAAACCCACAAGUUUAACCCUAAUAUAUCGAACUUAAUGAAACGACGGAGACAACACAGGUGAGAUAAAACUAAACAGUUAAUCUAAAAUCUAGAAAGGAGUUCCUUGUUUAAUACUACAGAAAAAUCUAACUUUAAUUUGCCUACUUAAUACUGUUUUUCCAGCUGGGAUCAGUGGAAUGGAUAGGUCAAACAGUUGUUGAUAUAGGACAUCAUUCAACGGAAUUUAGAUGGACAUUCUAUAUAGUUGUGAUUUUGCUCAUUUUGCUUGGAUUAGGAUUACCGAUUAUUCGACAAAAUCGAUUGAUAGUGUAACACUAGAGUCACAUUUUUAGGGUUUAAUCUGUUCUAUUAGGGUUUUUGUUGAUUGGGGUUAGUAAUUAUUAGAUUUAUAAUCAACAUUUUAAUUCCACAUCAUUUUGGAUAGAGACUUCCUUAUUUAUAUUUAUGUUUAAUAAUUUGGUUUAGAUUUUUGUGGUGAGACGCAAUCUAACUCACUAUGGGUAUGCUUAUAUAAAGUGGACAGUCAUUGGAUUUGUGAGUUUGAAUGCUUGUGUAGCAUUGAGUGGAUUUGAAUUAGAUCGAUCUUUUGCAAUCGCUUAAGCAAUCAUUCUUUAUUCACUCUAUUAUUUUAAUCAACUGAAUGCGACACUCUUGAAAUUGCCUCAUGAAUUACCUGAGGAGGAAUCUAUUUUAGAUAAAAUUUAAAAUAUCAGAAAAAUAUCUUAAAUAUGGAAUGAAGAAGGGCCAUAAAAGGAAAGUAUCUAAUAAUUAAACACUACACAUUACGUCGUGAAUCGAAAAAUAGCUACUCUUGUAGCAGGAAGCAUAUUCUACCUUUUAGUUCUAAAUUUGUGCAUUUUAUUUGACAAUACUUUGUUUUUGGUUAUAUUUAUAGUACUUUCUUUGUCAUUACUAAGUUUGGUUUUGAACAUUUAGAUUGCUUCAAAAUCAUUACAAUAAAAUGACGUUGAAUUUGCUGUGUGUUUGACCUACAUGGAUCUAUUGAGUCCAUUCAAGAAUAUUAUCAAAAAAAGUACAACGCUAUAAUGAUUUAUAAAUAACAAAUAAAGAAAAACAAAACAAAACAUAUCUAUA